CAAGCGCAGAUCACUCGAUCUCUUCUUCAACUCAAAUACCUAAGCUCAUGCUCAUGGCGUCCGCUCUCUUCUCUCUCUACUUUGUGUUGCUUGCCAUUUCUUCUACAAGCACGGCAAUGCCCGGAAAUUUCAACCGGGACGUUGACAUCACCUGGGGUAACGGCCGUGGAAAAAUCCUCAACGCCGGACAACUCAUCACGCUCUCCCUCGACAAGACCUCCGGAUCCGGCUUCCAGUCUAAGAACCAAUACAUUUACGGCCGGUUCGACGUGCAGCUCAAACUCGUUCCGGGAAAUUCUGCAGGCACCGUCACCACCUUCUAUUUAUCUUCUCAAGGGCAAAUGCACGAUGAGAUCGAUUUGGAGUUCCUGGGGAAUCUCAGCGGCGACCCCUACACUCUCCACACCAACGUGUUCACGCAGGGGAGGGGAAACAGAGAGAAGCAGUUCAAACUCUGGUUCGAUCCCACCAUGGAUUUCCACACCUACUCCAUUUUGUGGAAUCCCAAACACAUUGUUUUCUACGUGGACGGGACGCCGAUCAGAGAGUUCGAGAACAUGGAGGCGAAGGGGGUGGCGUACCCGAAGAGGCAGGCGAUGCGGGUGUACGCGAGCCUGUGGGCAGCAGAGGACUGGGCGACGAGGGGCGGGAUGGUGAAGGCGGAUUGGUCACAGGCACCUUUCGCGGCCGCGUUCAAAGGCUACGAGGCCAAUGGGUGCGUGUGGCCUGCCGCCGGCGGAGGCGCCACCGCUUGCUCCGCCCGCGGAAGUUCGUGGAUGUGGCAGGAGUUGGACGCGACGAGCCUGAGGAGGAUGAGGUGGGUGCAGAGGAACUACAUGAUCUACAAUUACUGCACCGAUGCCAAGAGGUUCCCCCAGGGAAUGCCGCCGGAAUGCUCUGCUGCGCCUUGAGUUGAGCGGCCAUCCCCCUUUUUCUUUUUCUGGCAAUAAAGAUUUGCAUUCGUCGUAGAGCUAGCUAGUACAGUGUGUGAUUAUUUUAAUCUAUGUUGUAUGCUUGUUUAUGUUUGAUAAAAAUAUUUUUCCUUUUA